CGGCGAAGCCCCGCCCCUGCCCGCGCGGCCUGCUGGAUUCGCCCCGCCCCUCGCUGUCGCACGCCACCCGCCACCGCUCUUCCUCCUGCGCCACAGUCCCGGCGGCGGCGCUGGUCGCGGGUCGCACCGUGAGGCUCGCGUGGGCGGCGAUAGGCGCUGGGCCCGGGCCCGGUGAGGAGCGCGCCGCGCGUCCCCUUCUCCUCAGGAGUGGCGGGCCGCGGAAGUGACGUGGUGCACGGGCAGGAGCGCGUUUGAAUCGGUUCCCGGGUGAUCCUCGCGCCUGCCGCUGCUCGGCCGCCGCCGCUGAGGAGGAGCUGCAGCGCGCCGGGCCGAGGCCUCGAGCCGCCCCGGGAGCUGGAGCUGGAGCUGAGGGCGCCGCGCGGAGCGCGCACCUUAGCCCUGAGCCCGGCGGCGGCAGGCGUCGCUGUCUUUUCUCCUUUUCCCCAAUAUGGCAGCGGCGGACGGCGGCGGGCCUGGUGGGGCCUCUGUGGGGACUAAGGAGGAUGGCGGAGGCGUCGGCCACAGGACGGUGUACUUGUUUGAUCGGCGCGAAAAGGAGUCCGAGCUCGGGGACCGGCCUCUGCAGGUCGGGGAGCGCUUGGACUACGCGGGAUUUCGCGCCUCUGUGUGUCAGACACUUGGCAUUUCACCUGAAGAAAAAUUUGUUAUUACAACAACAAGUAGGAAAGAAAUUACCUGUGAUAAUUUUGAUGAAACGGUUAAAGAUGGAGUCACCUUAUACCUGCUACAGUCUGUCAAUCAGUUACUACUGACAGCUACGAAAGAACGAAUUGACUUCUUACCUCACUAUGACACACUGGUUAAAAGUGGCAUGUAUGAAUAUUAUGCCAGUGAAGGACAAAAUCCUUUGCCAUUUGCUCUUGCGGAAUUAAUUGACAAUUCAUUGUCUGCUACUUCUCGUAACAUUGGGGUUAGAAGAAUACAGAUCAAAUUGCUUUUUGAUGAAACACAAGGAAAACCUGCUGUUGCAGUGAUAGAUAAUGGAAGAGGAAUGACCUCUAAACAGCUUAACAACUGGGCCGUGUAUAGGUUGUCAAAAUUCACAAGGCAAGGUGACUUUGAAAGUGAUCAUUCAGGUUAUGUUCGUCCAGUACCAGUGCCACGCAGUUUAAAUAGUGAUAUUUCCUAUUUUGGUGUUGGGGGCAAGCAAGCUGUCUUCUUUGUUGGACAAUCAGCCAGAAUGAUAAGCAAACCUGCAGAUUCCCAAGAUGUUCACGAGCUUGUGCUUUCUAAAGAAGAUUUUGAGAAGAAGGAGAAAAAUAAAGAGGCAAUAUAUAGUGGAUAUAUUAGAAACAGAAAGCCCUCUGAUUCUGUUCACAUUACAAAUGAUGAUGAAAGAUUUCUACAUCAUCUUAUCAUAGAGGAGAAGGAAAAAGAUAGCUUUACUGCUGUGGUUAUCACAGGGGUACAACCAGAACACAUACAGUACUUGAAAAAUUAUUUCCACCUUUGGACACGACAGUUAGCGCAUAUUUAUCACUACUAUAUUCAUGGCCCAAAAGGAAAUGAAAUACGAACAUCAAAAGAAGUUGAACCUUUGAACAAUAUUGAUAUUGAAAUUUCUAUGUUUGAAAAAGGGAAGGUACCUAAGAUUGUCAACCUAAGGGAAAUACAAGACGACAUGCAGACGUUGUAUGUAAACACAGCAGCUGAUAGUUUUGAAUUCAAAGCUCAUGUUGAAGGAGAUGGUGUAGUGGAAGGGAUUAUCCGUUAUCAUCCAUUCUUAUAUGAUAGAGAAACUUACCCUGAUGAUCCAUGCUUUCCAUCAAAAUUAAAAGAUGAAGAUGAUGAAGAUGAUUGUUUCAUACUUGAGAAAGCAGCUAGAGGGAAAAGGCCUAUUUUUGAAUGUUUUUGGAAUGGACGAUUAAUACCAUAUACAUCAGUUGAAGACUUUGACUGGUGUACUCCUCCUAAGAAGAGAGGGCUUGCACCAAUUGAAUGCUACAAUAGGAUAUCUGGUGCAUUAUUCACUAAUGACAAAUUCCAGGUCAGCACAAAUAAAUUGACGUUUAUGGAUCUUGAGCUAAAAUUGAAAGAUAAGAACACCCUUUUUACAAGGAUUUUAAAUGGACAGGAACAACGAAUGAAAAUUGACAGAGAAUUUGCUUUGUGGCUGAAGGACUGUCAUGAAAAGUAUGAUAAACAAAUAAAAUUUACACUUUUUAAGGGAAUAAUUACACGUCCUGAUCUUCCUUCUAAAAAGCAAGGUCCCUGGGCAACAUACGCAGCAAUAGAAUGGGAUGGAAAGAUAUACAAAGCAGGACAGCUGGUCAAGACAAUCAAGACACUUCCCCUCUUUUAUGGAAGCAUAGUAAGAUUUUUUCUUUAUGGCGAUCAUGAUGGAGAAGUAUAUGCUACAGGAGGAGAGGUUCAAAUUGCAAUGGAACCUCAGGCACUAUAUGAUGAAGUAAAAACUGUGCCAAUUGCAAAGCUGGAUAGGACAGUUGCUGAGAAAGCUGUUAAAAAAUAUGUAGAAGAUGAAAUGGCAAGGCUCCCUGAUAGAUUGUCAAUAACUUGGCCUGAAGGAGAUGAAUUAUUGCCUAAUGAGAUUAGGCCUGCUGGAACCCCUAUUGGUGCGUUAAGAAUUGAAAUACUGAAUAAAAAAGGGGAAGCAAUGCAAAAGCUUCCAGGAACAAGCCAUGGAGGGUCAAAGAAACUCCUGGUUGAGCUCAAAGUUAUUUUACAUUCUUCAAGUGGAAAUAAAGAGAUUAUUUCGCAUAUUAGUCAACAUGGAGGAAAAUGGCCUUACUGGUUUAAAAAAAUGGAAAAUAUUCAGAAGUUGGGGAAUUAUACCUUGAAAUUACAAGUUGUAUUGAAUGAAAGUAAUGCAGACACUUAUGCAGGAAGACCACUACCAUCUAAAGCAAUUAAGUUUUCUGUUAAAGAGGGUAAGCCAGAGAAAUUUUCAUUUGGUGUUCUGGAUCUUCCUUUUCGUGUUGGAGUUCCAUUUAAUAUCCCUCUGGAGUUUCAGGAUGAAUUUGGUCAUACCAGUCAACUAGUAACUGAUAUUCAGCCAGUUCUUGAAGCAAGUGGUUUAUCUUUACAUUAUGAAGAAAUAACCAAAGGACCAAAUUGUGUAAUUCGAGGUGUUACAGCCAAGGGCCCUGUAAACUCUUGUCAAGGCAAGAAUUAUAAUCUGAAGGUUACUCUGCCUGGCUUAAAAGAAGACUCACAGAUUUCGAAAAUUAGAUUACUACCUGGUCACCCUCGUCGAUUGAAAGUGAAACCUGAUUCUGAAAUUUUAGUUAUAGAAAAUGGAACAGCUUUCCCAUUUCAGGUGGAAGUUUUAGAUGAAUCAGACAACAUAACAGCACAACCAAAAUUGAUUGUUCAUUGUAAGUUUUCAGGUGCUCCAAACCUUCCAGUCUAUGUUGUAGAUUGCAGUAGUUCUGGAACCAGUAUUUUGACAGGAUCUGCAAUUCAAGUUCAGAAUAUUAAAAAAGACCAGACGCUUAAAGCAAGAAUUGAAAUACCUAGUUGUAAAGAUGUGGCACCUGUGGAGAAGACUAUUAAGUUGCUUCCCAGUAGCCAUGUUGCAAGACUACAAAUAUUCAGUGUAGAAGGACAAAAGGCAAUUCAGAUCAAACAUCAGGAUGAGGUUAAUUGGAUAGCGGGUGAUAUUAUGCAUAAUCUUAUUUUUCAAAUGUAUGAUGAAGGAGAAAGAGAAAUCAAUAUAACAUCAGCUUUAGCAGAAAAAAUUAAAGUUAAUUGGACUCCUGAGAUUAACAAAGAACACUUGCUACAGGGUCUGCUUCCUGAUGUGCAAGUACCAACAUCUGUAAAAGAUAUGCGCUAUUGCCAGGUUUCAUUCCAAGAUGAUCAUGUGUCUUUGGAAAGUGCGUUUACAGUAAGACCACUUCCUGAUGAACCUAAACAUUUAAAAUGUGAAAUGAAAGGAGGAAAAACAGUACAGAUGGGCCAAGAGCUUCAAGGAGAAGUAGUUAUAAUAAUUACGGAUCAGUACGGAAAUCAGAUUCAAGCAUUUUCACCAAGUUCUUUAUCUUCUUUGUCAAUUGCUGGGGUUGGACUUGAUAGCUCAAAUUUGAAAACAACCUUUCAGGAAAACACACAGAGUAUAAGUGUAAGAGGCAUCAAAUUUAUUCCCGGUCCUCCUGGAAAUAAGGAUCUUUGUUUUACUUGGCGCGAGUUUUCUGACUUUAUUCGAGUGCAACUAAUUUCUGGACCUCCUGCUAAACUUCUCCUUAUAGACUGGCCAGAACUAAAGGAGUCCAUUCCAGUGAUUAAUGGAAGAGAUUUACAGAAUCCUAUUAUUGUUCAACUUUGUGAUCAGUGGGAUAAUCCAGCACCAGUACAACACGUUAAAAUAAGUCUUACAAAAGCUAGCAAUUUAAAGCUCAUGCCUUCAAACCAACAGCAUAAAACAGAUGAGAAAGGCAGGGCUAAUUUGGGAGUAUUCAGUGUUUUUGCCCCUAGGGGAGAGCAUACUCUUCAGGUUAAAGCCAUCUAUAACAAAAGUAUCAUAGAGGGACCUAUAAUUAAGUUAAUGAUUCUUCCAGACCCAGAAAAACCCGUUCGUCUCAAUGUUAAAUAUGACAAAGAUGCGUCCUUCUUAGCAGGGGGUCUUUUCACUGAUUUUAUGAUUAGUGUUAUUUCUGAAGAUGACAGUAUCAUUAAAAAUAUUAAUCCAGCACGUAUUUCCAUGAAAAUGUGGAAGCUGUCUACCAGUGGGAACCGACCCCCAGCAAAUGCAGAAACAUUUAGUUGUAAUAAAAUAAAAGAUAAUGACAAGGAAGAUGGCUGCUUCUAUUUCAGGGAUAAAGUAAUUCCUAAUAAAGUGGGGACAUAUUGUAUCCAGUUUGGUUUUAUGAUGGAUAAAACAAAUAUUCUCAACAGUGAACAGGUUAUAGUUGAAGUCCUGCCUAAUCAACCUGUGAAGUUAGUACCUAAAAUUAAACCACCUACACCAGCUGUUUCAAAUGUUCGCUCAGUUGCCAGUAGGACCUUGGUCAGAGAUCUACAUCUUAGUAUCACGGAUGACUACGACAACCAUACUGGAAUUGAUUUGGUUGGCACUAUAAUAGCCACCAUUAAAGGCUCUAAUGAGGAAGAUACUGAUACCCCACUUUUUAUUGGGAAAGUUAGAACACUUGAAUUCCCCUUCGUGAAUGGUUCGGCUGAAAUCAUGAGUCUGGUGCUGGCAGAAAGUAGUCCUGGAAGGGAUAGUACUGAAUAUUUUAUUGUAUUUGAGCCCCGGCUACCACUUUUAUCAAGAACCUUAGAACCAUAUAUCCUACCGUUCAUGUUUUACAAUGAUGUUAAGAAGCAGCAACAAAUGGCAGCACUUACAAAAGAAAAGGACCAGUUAUCUCAGUCUAUUGUUAUGUAUAAAAGUUUAUUUGAAGCCAGCCAACAGCUUCUUAAUGAAAUGAAAUGUCAAGUUGAAGAAGCAAGAUUAAAAGAGGCCCAAUUGCAAAAUGAACUAAAAAUACAUAAUAUUGACAUUCCUACAACACAACAGGUGCCACACAUUGAAGCACUUCUGAAAAGAAAGCUAUCAGAACAAGAAGAACUGAAGAAAAAACCUAGAAGAUCGUGUACUCUUCCAAACUAUACUAAAGGCAGUGGAGAUGUUUUGGGAAAGAUUGCACAUCUAGCACAAAUUGAAGAUGAUAGAGCUGCGAUGGUUAUUUCUUGGCAUCUGGCAAGUGACAUGGACUGUGUAGUCACCCUAACCACUGAUGCUGCACGUCGUAUCUAUGAUGAAACCCAAGGUCGUCAGCAGGUGUUGCCCCUUGAUUCUAUUUAUAAGAAGACUCUUCCAGAUUGGAAAAGACCUCUACCUCAUUUCCGAAAUGGAAAAUUGUAUUUUAAACCCAUUGGAGAUCCAGUCUUUGCUCGAGACUUGUUAACAUUUCCAGAUAAUAUAGAACAUUGUGAAACAGUAUUUGGUAUGCUGUUAGGAGACACCAUUAUUUUGGAUAAUCUGGAUGCGGCCAAUCAUUAUAGAAAAGAGGUUGUUAAAAUUACACACUGUCCUACACUGCUGACCAGAGAUGGAGAUCGAAUUCGAAGUAAUGGAAAGUUUGGGGGCCUUCAGAAUAAAGCUCCUCCAAUGGAUAAACUUCGGGGAAUGGUAUUUGGAGCUCCAGUUCCAAAACAGUGUCUGAUCUUAGGGGAACAAAUAGAUCUUCUUCAGCAGUAUCGUUCUGCUGUGUGCAAACUAGACAGUGUGAAUAAGGAUCUUAACAGUCAAUUAGAGUACCUUCGCACUCCGGAUAUGAAGAAGAAAAAGCAAGAACUUGAUGAACAUGAGAAAAAUCUCAAACUAAUAGAGGAAAAACUAGGUAUGACUCCCAUACGUAAGUGUAAUGACUCAUUGCGUCAUUCACCAAAGGUUGAGACGACAGAUUGUCCAGUUCCUCCUAAAAGAAUGAGACGAGAAGCUACAAGACAAAAUAGGAUUAUAACCAAAACAGAUGUAUGAGAGGUGACAGAGAGAAGAGGCCAUUGGUCUCAAUAAGAAUGCCCUGCUUUCUGCAUCUGUUUCAGAAGACCAAGAGGGUGACUUACCAGACUGAGUAUUUCUGGGGACAAUACAAGUACCUGGGCAUGAAUUUCCAUUUCGAUUCAGAUGGGACUGGAAACAACCAUUCAAUUUUAUGAAUCUUACUGGACAUUAUGGAUUUACUGGAAUUAUUCCAGACAUUAUGCCCUUUGGUUGUCACUACCUUGCAAAUGUGUAAGAGGAAAAUGUGCUAAUGUGGCAGUGACUGUAAAACUGGCACAUGGCAUUUAUUAAUCCUGAAGAAAAGUAUAUGUACUAUUUUUCAGUAUAAAUAUAAUGAACAUGUCAGAACUAUUUCUUGAAAACCUUUUUAUUACUUUUGCGUGAAUUUAUUUAACAAAGAUGUUUUGUCUUUUGUGUAAGGGAGGUUCUAGAGGCUAGAUGUUUAAUUGUAAAUAUGUGAGGAAACUCAAUGCAGAAUUCAGGAUAAAAAUUUUAAAAGCACAGGUAUUUGGGAAUUGAAAUGUUAAGAUACCCAGAACAACAUUAAAUCGAUGAGUGAACUUGUGACAGUGGUAGCAUUUCAAAUUUCAAAAGACUUCUCCUGUAUAUAUAUAUAUAUAUAUAUAUAUAUAUAAAUAUAUAUAUAUAAAAUAUUCAGCAGCACCAAGUUUUAUAACUAUUGUUUGUUUGACUUUAUUAAUACUAGAAUAUGUAGUCUCAGCCUUAAUUUUACAUUUACAUUAUUUUGUAAUUUUUUAUUACUAUUUUUAAGGGGUUAAAGAGAACAUACAUUCUCACAUUAAUGUACUUUCUGGUAGAAAGUUGCUGCAAAAACAUUUGAAAUGUAUAUUAACCUAAUGUAUGUCAUAUAUAUGUCUUUGUGUAAGUUCAAGACUAUUGAUCUGUGAAGUUAUUUUGUAAGGACAUACAUUUGGUAAGUUUGUGUCCCAGGAAAUGUAUGUGUUUUUAAACCCUUUCUAAAUAUGCAGGCCAUUAAUAAAUAAGAUUGUUUCUUCCCUACUGAAUAGAUAA